AUGCAACCACUCGUGCUUCAUCCUCCGAGCCUCGCCACCGCCCAGUUCGGUCAGCCCCGGUUCAACUCGGGCCCAGAGCGGCUACCGUUGAGUCGUCCUUGGUCUAAUGCUCGAGGGUGCAGCCCUAGGGCUUCUGUCCUCCGUCAAUCUAUGUCUGGCUCUCCUCCUGCUGAGCUGCCCUCGGUGACAUCCGGAGAGCCAAAACCGUCUCAUCCACUAUCCUCUCCGGUAGUCGUGACGACUGGGGAACCGGCCUCGUCGUCUACGACUGCCGUUCCGACUCCAUUGGUUCCAAAUGAGCCUCAGCUACCACAGCUCCAGUCUAGGUAUGGCGAGCAAACUGCCCCGGCAUAUGUAGGUUCCCCAAGACCACUGCCCGGGGCACCUCCAUACCCGUCAUCAACACUGGAAUCUCCUGGUGCGGGUCCAGCGACUCGUUCAUUAGUACAAAAAUCGACACGCCGGACCAAGGCUCAUGUAGCUUCAGCUUGUGUAAACUGCAAGAAGAAGCAUCUUGGAUGUGACCCAGCACGUCCAUGUCGACGAUGUGUUCUAGCUGGAAAGGCAUCAUCAUGUGUGGAUGUCACUCACAAGAAGCGAGGACGACCUCCGCUGAAAGCGGAGGACUCGUCUCUUUGUCCAUAUACAUCACACAUGGAAAAUGCGGCCGUUUCAUCAGAGGGUCAGCCAUCGGCGGCACCCCAACGAAACAUCAUGCAUCGAGCAACAUCUUCUCGGGAACUUCGACCGAUGACUGAUCUUCAAGUAAUAGACGAGCCCGGACAAGUAGUUGCAGCCAUGGAGAUGCCUAGAGGCCAGUCACAUCGUUGGUCUGCCUCUGUCUUUCCGCUAACUCGGCCGAUUGACCCCUCGAUGAUGCCCACCCAGGCAGGAAGGCGACCAUUUUCUGCAUCUGGUCCACCGACAUAUGGAGCACCAUCUCAUCCACCUCCUGCUUUUGUGCCAAAUUCUAGUGGCUUCAAUCCAAUUUUCAGAGCCGGAGUUAUGCCUCCUAGAAUGGAACGUCGAUUUGCACAGUACCCAAGUCCUGCUCUACCUCCGCCUACAUCUCCUCCGCAACAUAUGCCAGCGGGUUUCCUCACGGACCACGCGAGCCAUAUCUUGAAUCCCCACUCCGACUUCCUCCAAUUCAGCAAGCAACCGCAAGUUCAGGUCCAGCUCAUCAUCAUGCUCACCGUCUCAGUGAUCCUUAUCCAGCAACCUGGACUUCAGCUCGAGAAGACGCCAACCGUGAGCCGCGCUCACCAGGAAUCCUCCACCGACCCACAGGCUCUACGUUCACACAUUCUACACCCCACUUACACCAGCGCUCGUCUUCUCAGACAGGCCCUCUCGAUCCUAUUCCCCGGCAUCUCGGACCUGUUGAACUCCUCUCUCCUGUCACAAUGCAUCAGUCUCCUCCAAGAGCCCAAGAUGCACAUCCGGGCACAGGAGCGGAGAACCAAGAAGCCCCAACCUAUCAAACGACGCAAGAUGGCGCUCGACGAUAUGGUCAACGGCUAA